CGGCUGUCUUUCUAAAGGUUGUGGUUAACACCUUUCGUUGAAGAGCAACACCACAGAUGACUCAGAAUUUCCAUUCGUUUUCUUAGGGGGAAAUUUAUGAUAAUGAAGCUUGCCUUUAAUGUACUCGCAGUGGUUUGGUAUUCACUCGAACAUGGUCUGUCUGGUGUUUAUACAGACAAAGUGUCAGUGUUAGCAGUGGAGGGAGAUUCAGUCACUCUACACACAGGGGUUGAAACAAAGAACCAAGAGGAUAUUAUCUGGUAUUUCAGUGGUGUUCGCAUCGCUCAAAUCAGUGGAGAUCUCAGUUAUAUCUGUACAGAUGUUCAGUGUAAUGAAGGAACUGAGAGAUUCAGAGACAGACUGAAUCUGGACAAUCAGACUGGAUCUCUGACCAUCACAAACAUCACAAACACAGACUCUGGGGAAUAUAAACUAAAAAUCAUCAGCAGCAGUGACAGUGAAAAGAACUUCAGUAUUUCCGUCACUGAUGUUCCUGCUACUGAGCUAUAUGAAAAAAAGGAGGGAGAAUCUGUCUCUUUAGAUGCUGGUGUAAUAAAAUCCCCAAAUGAUGUGAUGAUGUGGUAUUUUAAUGAUACUCUCAUCGCUGAAAUCACUGGAGAUCAGAGUAAGAUCUGUACAGAUGAUCAGUGUAAUAAGAGAUUCAGAGACAGACUGAAGCUGGAUCAUCAGACUGGAUCUCUGCUCAUCACAAACACCAGAAUCACAGACUCUGGAGAAUAUAAACUUAAGAUCAUCAUCAUCAGCAGCAGCAAAUUCAGUAUCACCAGAGUAAGAAGAUUCAGUGUUUCUGUCACUGCUGUUCCAGAUUCAGGUUUGCCUGCAGCUGCUGUAGCAGGAGUAGUUGUUGUUGCUGUUCUGCUGGUUGCUGCUGUAGCUGCUGGUGUGGUUUACCGUAACCGCAGGGGCCUUUCAGUAUUAUAACAGAUUGGGGAAGAUGAUGAUAACUCGCCUGAUCCAAAAGACAUUCAUUUGAGGUAGAUGGGAUGUCCUUAAACUCUGUUCACUCACAAAGUGAUCCCAAAGUUUGUCACAUCUAUUAUAUAGUGUACCAAUUUAAAUUAUAUAAAUAUUGUUUUUUUAUUGUUAUUGUUAUUAUUAUUAUUAUUAUUACUGUUUAAAUAGGUUAAAAGGUAACAGUUUGCCUCUAACAGUAUAUGAGAAAUAAUGUAAACACAGUAUUGGCAACAGAACAGUUCUUGAUGUGUAAUUAGACUUUAUUGUCUUUUAUACUUUUAUAUCCUGCCUAUUAUACUUUAUUCAGACAGAAACAGAACAGUGAAACAUCUGUUUCAUGUCUUUUUCACAACAAGAAGCAUUAACAUGCUGGUCUUGUUCUAUUAGUCCUCACUGAUAGAACUGACUGCACUUCCACAAAUACUGCAUUAAGUGAAAAAGAAAACUUUAUCAGCUGAGAGCCAGAAGAUGCCAGCUUGACUGAACAUGGCCUGGCAGAACUAACACUCUGCUUACUUAUUUUGCUAAUGUUUAUUAUUUAACUACUAACACUUAAGUCAUCCACUUUCAACAGAAAA